GAGAAGAAAAACGCGGGGAAAAGGUGCAAAAGCAGGAGUCACGGAUGACUGCUGCGCGCAGGCAUUUGCUCGGGAGGGCUGCUCAUAAGUGUAUGUUGAGAAUUACUAUGCUAAUAUUUUAGUGAUCUUCAAGAGUCCUUUCAAGUAUUUCAAGGAUCUCCAGUCAAGAGUCUCUGUUUUCUGCUCGCGUCAGUAACUCUUCGUUUGUGCUCUUAAUCACUCACACAAUUAUGGAAACAUUUCAGUUGGACCUGUGAAUGUUAACUUGCCCGCGAAAUACUACCUCCGGUCGUUUAUCUAGUCUCAAUUAGUUUCUCUUAUCUGGAUCAAUUGCACUUCAAGUUCUUCGAAUUUCUGUAAAAGCCGAACAUUUUCGGAAUGGAUUAUUUUAAGGCGCUUCUUCUUGCGGUAGCACUGGUUUCAUGCCUAACUUUUUCGCACUCGGCUCCUCAAUCAAAUAAACAAGGAAACAAGGAAAAACAAGCAAAACAAGGUGGCAGUGGUAAACUCCACACUCUCCCUUUACCGUCAUACAUUGGCAAAGGAUGCAAUCCUAAUUUACCUCAGAACGAGUUUAACAAAUGUGUUGUCAAAAAAGGACAGCCUGCAAUAGAGAAAAUUUCUGCAGGUGAUCCUCAAUACAGAGUUCCAAAAUUAGAUCCUUUCACCAUCCCAAGUUUGAUCAUCGAUCAAGGAACGAAACAAGUAGGUAUGAAAAUGGCAUGUACAAAUUGUCAGUUGCGAGGUCUUAAGUACACGAAAUUCGUCGCAGCCAGAGCCGACCUGAAAAAGCGACAUGUGGAAUGGGACUUCAAACUUGAUAAAGUCUUGUUUACUGGCCAAUAUAAGGUCAGUGGGCAGGUUUUACUUCUUCCACUAUUCGGAAGUGGAUUCGCAAAUAUAUCUCUCACUGGGGUGAAAUUCACAUUCGUUUACGAUUUUGAUGUGGUGAAGAAAGAAAAUGGAAGAGAGUACGUAGAACUGAAAGAGGGCAGUAAACUUACCUUCGGUGCCGAAUCAAUGAAAAUUCGACUGGAAAAUCUCUUCAAUGGAGACAAGCUUUUAGGUGAAAACAUGAACACUAUCUUAAACGAAAACUGGAAAGACCUCUUAAGAGAGGUAGGACCAGCAGUUGGAGACGCACUGGCUUCUGUAUUCAGAAACACACUAAGCUCAGUCGCACAGCUAGUCCCAUACGACGUUCUUUUCCCCACGAAAUAAUAUAUUAUUCAAAUUUAAGUAGCCUAAGUUAAUGAGGCUAAACUUGGCCUAGGAGAUACACGAUUACAAUAACAUACAGGAAAAACACGAACACAAUUAUUAUUAUUCAUUGUAUCGAAAGAGCUUCAAAUUUUUCCCUCAAUUAUUUCCCACCGAGAUCAAGGUAAAAAUGCGAGCACGUUUUUGGAUGGGUACAAUCAAGCACUUGAGGGCCUGGAUACUGAACCAAGCAGGAUCAAUGUUUCAGGCACUACAAGAUUGUUAAACAUUAUUCUUGCACUUGUUCCUUACAAAAUUCCUUAUUGUAUAUAUAGACUGAAUAUCAACUCAAAAUUCACUGAACUAAA